AUGAAAGACGGAUGCUUGAUCCCAGAAUGUGAGACCGGAGAUUUUUCCCCACCCUGGUUGUCUCUGGCCAUACCAAGUAAUGGUGGUUCCUUCGAUAACUGCGGGAGGUACAACUCUUCGGGAGAUACCUGCUUGGCAGAGAGCUUCGAUCGAAAUGACGUCGUGCGAUGUGAGCAGUACGUUUAUGAGAACACGGACACUGUUGUGUACGAGUUCAAUCUGGCAUGCCAAGAAUGGCGCCGUUCGCUCAUUGGUUCCGCCAGCACGUUUGGCAAGAUGCUGGCCUUGCCACUGACUGGCAUAUUUGCUGAUCGUUACGGCCGACGCACAGCGCUAGCCCUGAACGCCUUCAACUGCGCCUGGAUUGGCACGGCAAGGUCUUUCACGCAGAAUUAUGCCAGUUUUAUUGCCAUGGAGUAUUUGGAAGCCGCAUUUGGUGCUGCGGCUUUUUCGUGCGGGUAUACUAUUGUGAUGGAGUUCAUGGGCCCAAAGUACAGAGUAGCGGCCGGUGCGGCGAUGUCUACCUUCUACGCCACAGGACUCAUCAUGCAAGCCCUCAUGGCCUGGGCCAUCCCUUACUAGCCUUAAACUCUAGCCUUAUUCAUACCGCAGCUCUUCACAGUCAUCUAUUUCUGGAUAAUGCCAGAAUCAGUCAGAUGGUACCUCAGCAAAGGCAGAUACGUAGAAGCCGAAGCACAGUUGAAAAAAGCAGCGAAAAUGAAUAGAAAACUGCUGUCAGAAGAAUCAUUAGCAAAGUUAAAAGAGAGUGCGGAAGAAGAGAGAAAUAUUAAAGAGUUUAAGAAGGUACAGAAGGUAAAGGAACCCUGGCUGGUGACGCAAGUAUUCCAACAUAAGCCAAUACUUCUUCGCUGUAUAAUAACACCAGUUUGGUGGAUAACGACGACCUUGGUUUACUACGGGUUGUCGAUGAAUGCUGUGACGAUGUCCGGGAACAAAUAUGUAAACUAUAUAGCGGUGGGUGCGGCUGAGAUACCAGGGUAUUGGACAGCCGUGCUCCUUUUUGACAGGAUCGGCAGGAAACCGUUGCUCUGCUGCGCUUUCUGGAUGUGUGCGGCGUGCCAGAUUGGAUUUAUUUUUAUGACAAAAAAUUACUACGGGCUAUCCCUCGCCGUGUACUUACUGGGCAAGUACAGCAUUUCAAUCGUGGUGACCUGUGUGUACGUCUACAUCAACGAGUUGUUCCCGACGCAAUACCGCGGCAGCUUGUUCUCCUUCGCUUCCAUGAUUGGCAGGAUUGGUGCUAUCUCAGCUCCUCUCACUCCUGCUUUAGGUACGAUGGUGUGGAAGCACCUCCCAUUUGUGCUGUUCGGGAGUUUCGCAGCUGUGUCUGGUUUGCUGGUCCUCCUGGCUCCGGGAACCAAAGGCACCACGCUACCGGAUACUAUGCAGCAAGCGGCAGAUCUUGGCAGAUCGAAGAAGGGUUCAGAGAGCUGA